UUUCAUCGUUUAAACAAUAUUAAAGCUCUUUUUAAAAUCUUGUCAAUGUUUUGCUUAUGAAUGUCCCAAUAAAGACGCUGCAUAAUUAAUGUUUUGUUUUGUAACUUCAAUAACCGAGGAACUCUUCCUCGCGGAACGUUUUAUUCCUGGUUUGUUUUUACGGGGAAUGUGCGUCAGUCGAAACGGCCCCUUGUUGGUGACUAAGAUACUGCAGACAGUGUAAAGUGUGCUGCGGGGCGAUGGAAAGAGGCCUGCUUGCUCUCCCAUGGGUGCCGGUGAAUAUUGGUGGUUCUGAUCUACUGGCCAAAGCCUGGUUCGGUGACGCACAGUACCGGGUUCUGUUGAGUGACCUGAACACUGUGUGGGAAGAAGAAAUGAGCACAGAUGACAUCCAGAGUCGCGCACAGGAUCUGAAUAAGCGCCUGAGAGCUCCUACGCAGGCUUUUUUCUCCCAUCUAUGUUCUGUGGCGCGGCCUUGUUUCUCUAGUCAAGAUGACGAUCGGUUUUCUACUGCACAUGUUACUCUUGAACAGCAUGGUGACAAUCUAACGAUCAAACUCAAAAGUGAGCUGGCUGGGUUGCCUUUCUACUGGGAGUUUCUCUGCACCGCAACUCCUGUUGGCGUGGUGUGCAGUCAUCUGGUGCGCCCCCUGCUGGCAGUGAGUAGAGUCCUGCAGCGCCAAGUGGAGGAUCUAACUGCCCUUCUGGCUCGGAAGGAUGCAGAGAUACAGGACUAUCAGGAGAACGGAGCUGUCCUAAGUAGAGCCAGACUACAGACAGAGCCGUUUGAGGUGCACAGGUACAGAGAAAACCUCUUCACACAGAUUAUUCCACAGAUGGGUGUGACGCUGGACAGUUUGAGUUUUGACUCAGAGUUGCAGACACUGUACAUGGCCGUGAGCUCGGGGAAAACGGGUCAGAAACGCAAACAUUCUCCUGACAGCAGCCCUGUGGCAGAAGACAACCACGUCUCUCAACAUCACCAACACAUCUCUGAUGUCCCCACAGGUGCUAGUUCUUCACUGGCUUCUCAAGAACAGAAUGAUAUCAAAGCAUCAUCAGGAAGACCUCAGGUGGCUGACAGUAAACAGGCCGUCCCGUUACCAUCAGCUGCUGCUUCUGAGGAACGUUCCACCUCACGGCCGAAGAAGAAGAAAGCAGUCGGGCUUUUUCGGUGACAGUUCAUCUUUCUGCAUCAGAACAGUGCACAUAUGGACCCUUUUAAUUUAAGAAUGCAUUAUAAACAUUUUUAUUCAUUUUAGGUUGGAUUUUUAAAUGAUUAUGGGGAUUUUAUUGUUGUCCAUUUUAACGUUUUAAAAUUAAUAAAUAAAAUAUAGCGUUUCUCAAUACAUGUUCUCGUUGGUAGGGCUGACGCACCCCAACUGGCAGCAUGGAAAAAAAGUACAGAUGCUCAGAGUAUGCAUAAGAUGAGGUGCAAAUACUACUUUUCCGCUUAGAAGUUGAGAUGCACAGGUUUUUAUUAGUGUUUUGGGAGGAUAACAAUGUGCUUUACAGGGUUGCUACAACCAGUGCUUCUAAGAAAGAAGCCAAGACGAGAAGGUCACUGAACUUGGCAAAGUUUGUAAGGUUUGUGGCGUUAGAUAUACAGAGUUUAGUUUGAGGCCCUCACUAGCAAGUAAAUGUGAUAUGCUUGAGCACAAAUGUAUGUUCCGCUUCGUGUUCCGUAAAAUCAUCAGGACUUUUGAACGGACGGAAAUUCUGGCCACAAACCCAACACGCAUAUUCCAUUAAUUUCUUUGGUUUUGGCUUUGCCUUUGUUAGAAUGAGCUACCAUUUUGUUUCUUGUCGUACUAUUAUCCCAGUAUUGUUAAUUGGUCCAUCUAUAAACUUAACAGAAAAAGUGAA